AUGACUUACGUCCCGGCACCUGGCUACAUGCCAACCUACAACCCCCCGCUCCCAUGCAGCAAGCCCGUGCCGUAUGGACUGCAUCCUGGGAUGUCCGUCUACGUUCAAGGGAUGAUACCCAGCUCAACCAACAGCUUCCGGGUGAACUUUAUGUAUGGGAGCGACAUCGCCCUGCACUUCAACCCUCGCUUUAAAGGCCACGACACCAUCGUCUUGAAUACCUGCCAGGGGGGCAAAUGGGGAAAGGAGGAGCGCCACGGGAUGCCCCUGAAACUGGGCCAGCACUUCGAGCUCAUUUUCAUCGUCAACAGUGACCACUUCCAGGUCCUGGUGAACAGGAAUCCCUUCUGCGAGUACAAGCACCGGCUCCCCGUGGACCGGAUCCAGGAGGUGAACGUGGAUGGGGACAUGGAGCUGCAGUCGCUGACCGUCCUCGGAGGGGGCAUGAUGGGCGGCGGGGGAAUGCCAGCGCAGCCUUGCCCUCCGAUGGGAAUGCCGGGCAUGAUGCCAAAUCCCGGAUGCCCCCCUGGAAACUACCCUAUGAUGAUGGCUCCGGCUUCCUACAAUCCGCAAGUGCCCUAUAGAGGUAACUUCUCCGGAGGACUGGGCUCGAAGAGGACCGUGGUGAUACGAGGAUUUGUUCCGCAAGAUGCUAAAGGCUUCCGGAUCAAUUUUAAAGCCGGCAAUGAUAUAAUCCUACACAUUAACCCCCGCUUGAACGAGCGGGUUGUGGUGCGGAACAGCUUCUUGAAUGGGUCCUGGGGCCGUGAAGAGCGAGAGCUGUCUUUCAACCCCUUUCAGACUGGACAAUACUUUGAUCUCUCCAUCCGCUGCGGGAACGAGCGCUUCAAGGUCUUUGCCAACGGCCAGCCGCUCUUCAACUAUUCCCACCGCUUCCGCAACUUCCAGCAAAUCAACGACCUGGAAAUCGAUGGCGACGUGGUCCUCUCUUAUAUCCAGUACUGA